CAUCAUCAGCACUAUUCUGCACCACUUCAGUUCCUAUUCCACCCUCGCACCCUCUACGCGCACCCUCUCACUGUUUCAUGCUUUCCCGAAACACCGGAAAACUGUGCCACUAGGCCGAGUGUAACACGUGAUUCAAGCUUAUAGUCAUUUCUUCCUCUCCAGCUUUUUCUUUCUUUUCAAACUAUCAGUUGAUAAUUCCAGUGGCAAGAUGAAAGCAUAUUGGAGAUGAAAAUUCAUCUUAACGUAUAUCAAAAUGAUCAUUUUUAUAACAAAAUCGAAAAAGUGGAAAAGCAAAAUGUAAAUGUUAAGAGAAAAAAGUUAUUGUUGAAGAUUGGAAUAUCUAUAGUCAGCCAUACGUAGGAGAAUGGAUAGACGUCGAUCGUUCGAUAACAGUCUAACGGAACAGGCACUGCCCAUCCCAGUCCAGCUUUAUCUAUGGCGUCAAUUGCGUCCAUUUACUCGAGCGAAAUUGGGAAAACUUCAUGAAGCAUCAUGUACGUUUUGCCAACAUGCUCCUGGCCAUCAUGAAAUGAAAGAAGCGAGCACUUCCUUCGAAAAAGUAUUGGUUCAAAGUCUUCACAACGAUUUAACACCCUCUUUGUCAGAAAUUUUGGGCAAUGUGCCACGAUGGCGUUUGAUUCAAGCUGCACUUCCUUACGUUCUUCAUGCAACUGCUAAUCUUUUAAACAACAGAAAAGACGUUCAAAAUAUUGGACCAAUGGAAACAACAUUACUUUACAUCCUUCACUGGUUUCUUCUUGAUGCUGCUGAAGAAUGUGCUGAGAGCGAUUCUGAAUUAGGGAUGCCAAACAAUCCUUUUUAUUAUCUUUACUCUAUUUCUACUGUCACCCUCUUCGUUUAUUUGUUUGCUCCACUGUGUAAUCACUUGAAAGACAUCGAUUUCAAGUCCAAUUUACGAUUAGAGAAUGGAGUGAAAGUUUGGGCUCCCUUUAGUGAGUUUAGACAUCCGGAAACACCAUGUUUUACUGCACAUUGUAGACCUAAACCUCGUUCACUUUGGUGGAAAUCUGCGAGAUUAGGAAAACAACCAACUCCUGCUGAUGUCUUUGUGGGAUCUCGAAAGAAAAAUGAAGAUAUUCAAGACACUGACAGUCCGCCAAGCCAAACAGUUAGUAUUCAUUUUUCUGAAACGAACAUUCCAGCCAGUACGAAAGAAGAAGAGAAUAACUGGGCUUCUUCACCAAAAGAUACUGUCUUCCCUGAAACAAUACCUGAAGAAAGCUCAAGUACAGAAGAUGAACAUGUGAUGAUAUUUAGACUGCCAUCUUUAUCUGAAUCGGAGAAAACAAUGGAUGGUGUAAAAGAAGUAUUUACAAUAUUUGCAGGUGAAGCGAGUAUUUUUCACGUUGCAAUGGCACGAUCAGGCUCAUCUUCAAAAUCAACAGUAACGAUAGAACAAGUAACUGCGAUACCAGGUGACAAAAAUGAAGGAAAAACAUCGACGACUUUGAAACUUGGCUACACUGACAAAACUAAGGAGGAAAAAAUAGAAAGUAGUUCUCAGGAGAGUUCGAAAUCAAAAAGUACACCUUCUAAUCAACAAGAGCAUCAGAAUGAACAAAAUCAAUCAGCACCUCGUACGUCUACAGGUGUUUUUGAUAUUCGAGCUGCUACGUUUCUAGAUGUUGCAGUUCUUAGAUGUCUUUUUAUAUCUCAAUGGCAAGAAGAAGGAAUUUUUUGGGCUUUACAAUUUCUAUAUAAUCGACUUCAAAAAAUCAACGAAGAAACUUCAGUUCAACAAAUGCCAAGAAGACGGAGCAAUUCACUUCCUAUCCCCAAAAUUGAGGUAUCAAUUUAUCAAAGUCCGGAAAAUAAGAAGAAAGAAGAUUCGAAGGAUUUAAUGGCAAUACCCGAUGCUCGGGAACCUUCAACAAUGUCAGAUUUGGCGACAAUUGCAGAUCUUCCUUACACGGGAACGAAAAAUCAAGAACCAGAAGUUAGUCAUACGAGAAGAGCAAGUGAAAAGAGUAAGAAAAGGAUGAAAAUGGCUGAUCUUAAGGCAUUUGUCGAAACAAAAUUAUUAUCCAAGUCUGAAAAAGCUUUAGAAAAAAUAGGACAAGAUGAACCAAAGGAAUUAGAAAAAGAACAAGAAUGUCAUCGGAGUCUUGAUACUGGAGAUGAUCAAUUAACUCGACCAACGCCAACAUCAUCACAAACGUUUGAUGCUCGUGAUGUUGAUAGAAUGGCCUAUCCAUCCAAUUUAAUUAAAGGAAAAAGCAUGCCGAGUCUCAGCUGCUUGAUUAACGAGCUGACCGCGGGUGGGUACAUUGGUGAUACACAAGUAGAAAGGAAGCAAAGUAGAUUUUAUAGUCAACCAUGUGCUGCUCCAAAUCCAAUCAUUACUGUUACUGAGCACACGCCUACACCGUCUCCAGAUUAUUUGAAAAGACAGGGUUCAAUAGAUAGUCAGCUCGAUUCCAUUAGUAUUCAUGGAAGUAGAUUAAGUUCAGAAAGGAAACCAAGUCUAACAAGAUCUCAAACAGAUUCAAAUAUUACUUAUUUAGGGGAUGAAAUUCCAGAAGCACCAGGAUCUGCAUACUACAUUACUAAAGAAGGAGAUAUUGAUUAUCAAGUUGUUUUAAAAGGUAUUCAUUCUAUCUCACUGAGAGAUGCUACACAUUGUACUCUUCGAGUUUGUGAAAAUAUUCUCAAUCUGGUAGAACUGCUAAUGGAUAUGGGGGUGUUGAAACCAUCAGUUCAAGAUGAAGGAAGUAACGCUGGAUCUGCAACAGAUGUGAACGAAAAACCAGAUAAUAAUAGAAAACACGAUUCUCCAAUAAAUAAUCAAGAUCCUCGCAAUGACUUAGAAGGCCGGAACUGGAGUUCUCUUGCACUGAUGGCAAAUUGUAUUUUUCGAGUUUUCAAGCAUCUCGGUUGUCCCAAUGGUUGUGCUGAUGGAAUUCGUGGACCUCAAGCUGAUUUUUGUCGCACUCAAGCUUCGACAAUUCUCAGUAAACUUUAUCGAACAGAUUCUCAACAAUUCUCAAAGACUCUUCGAGCAAUGAUUCGUAAUCAACCAAUUGCUGAUAUAUUGGAGCUUUUCCACUCCUAUGUUGGAUUUUGUGUAGAACCAACUUCAUUGUUAUCACCAUUAAAUCAAAAAAGAAGUGCGAGUAAAUCACCAGAUACUACUAAUCAAGGUGGAUACGCAACGAAUUUUGGAGUUGGUGGAAUUGGAACUUUGAAUUCAUUCUCUAAUACAGCAUCAGUAGCAGCAACGGCGUCUGCAUUAGCAUCAGCCACCGCAGCAUCAGCAGCUGCAUCCUAUGGUGGAAUUAAUUAUGGAUCUCGUGACAUCGAAAGUCAAAUUCUAAGUUGUACCUUUAAAACUCUAGUUACGAAGUUUGUUAAAUGCUCAAAGGAUUUUAAAACACAAGAGAAUAUAGCAGUUUAUUGUGAUAUAAAACAGUUUAUUACUUAUGUUAAGGAAACACAUGGUGGUGUUUUUAGACGUGUUGCUCUCAGCGGUAUUUUAGAUUCUUCAGAUAGACCUAAUAAAAGAUGUAAUAGUAAUAUCAGAACUACUAGAGUUAUUCGACAUGUUCAUCAUUCAGAGUUGGAUGAAAAUGCUGAAUUAGGUGGAGAUACUUGUUAUGCAGUUGAUGAUAGAGGAACAAGAAAAUUCUUAUUUAAAAAAAGAAGUACUUCGUCAACAUGUGCAAGUCUGUUAGAGACUGAGUUGAGCGAAGAAAACCCUAAGGUCAGCCAAAGCCCUCUUGGAAAUUUGAGAAAGAAGCAUCACAUGUUAACUCCAAGACAAAGUGAAAAAAAUUUGAGCAUUGGAGAUACUUAUGUAGGAGGAAAAUCGAGAAAGUCGACUCGAUUUCAAAUAGGCGGAAUAGUUAAUUGGUUUAGAAAAGAAUAUGGUAGAACAGAUUCAACUGACAGUCAUGAGAGUAGCGAAUCCCCUACGGAUGGAACUAUUGUUCGACAAGCAAGCUUUCAUCGGGGACAUUAUCGAGUUUCCCGCCCCGGACGCAGUGUUAGUCAAACAUUUCAAAGAGCAAAAAGACGGAUGGAGGAUCAAUUGAAUAAAAUAGGGUUUGGAAAGGGAAAGAAAAAAGAAAACCUUGAAGAGACUCCUCGAAGUCAUUUUAGCCGAAAAAAUUCAAUGGAUUUCGGAGAAGCUUCAAGAGAGUCUGAACUUGUUGUUUUGAAAGAAAGGAGGCUUGUUCCACAUACCGCAAUCUUUGAUGGUAUGCAAAGAUUUUCAUUUCUUCUGGAAACUUGCCAGCCAGGCUCUGUACCUGAUCAUCAUUUAAUGGCAGCUAUUUUAGAUUUGCCUUAUGCACCUGUCGUUGCUCGAGCUUGUAUUAUCCUCGAAUGUGCUCAUUUGGUCCAUCAGUGUAAUAAAGGGCACUGGCCAACUUGGAUGAAAAUAAAUUUACCAAUAUUUCGACCUUCUAUUCCUUUAAGUGGAAGAAAUCACCCGAUUGGACUUAGACGAACUCAUGUUCUGCAACGUGCGGCGGGAAAACUUUUUUAUCAAUGGGCAGAAGCUAUUAGCUCGAGAUUGGAAGAAUUUCUUAAUGAAGACAAGCAAAAUAUAGAUAAUAUUAUUGCUAUGGUAGGAGAUGAAAACAAGCAACGAGAAUUGUUAAUUGAAGAUGAAGAAGAAGACUUUCUUGAUGAAGCAAGCAUCAACAGCUAUGGAUCCCAAUGUCCAAUUGCUCUGCGGAUGGUAGCAUGUAUACUAUUGUUGGAGAUCACAGCAUUUCUUCGUGAGACUUAUCAAACUCUUCCUAAGUCAAGUCGACUAUCUACAAAGGAACGUCCACCACCUUGGGAACGAAUGUACAGCCGAGAAGCGAAUCGACGAUGGAGCAUGGCGCUAUCUUCAAUGGGUCACUCCCAAACAUCUGCUCAGAGUCUACAAUCGAUCGCAGGCGAUCGUGAGACUGGUGAGUUGAGGGAGGUAAUCGAAAGAGGCUCGUGGAGCUGCGCUAAUCCUAUCACCACUCAUCAACCAUCUGACUCAAUCGCCCUCGACUUUCGAUCAGAACGAAAAAUCAGCUUUGUGCUUCACGAGCCUGACAACGAAUCUGAGGGGAGCAGUAAAUCGACUGUGACGAUCCAAACCGAAGAUAUAGCCGCUGUUGAGAGGGAAAAAAAUAAAAGGGUCCAAGCACCAUCAGGCAGACCAUUUUUGCUACGUAGGGGAACUACUGGAAAUGCUACUGGAUCAUUUAAACGACGAAGUCUUAAACUUCGUCGUGGUACCAAAGAAGGAAAAGACACGGAAUGCGAGGCUUUUGUUCGAUCAAUAGAUGCUGUUAGACGUGCUGAUUCUAUCCAAUCUAAGAGAAAAGUCAGCUCUCUGUCGGAUCGGAGUGACACUUCAGAACCUGGAUAUGGUGGAGAAGUUAGUGGAGAAGAAUCUCCAGGCAUCUUGAGCGAUGAUCAACCACCAGAGAGUCCAAGUGAUUCUAACGAUACUGAUGAUACUACAAAGAAUUUUCCGUGGAUGAAAGUUUUAGUUCAAUUUGCAAGCUCUUCAAAUUUUUUUUGCUCUCAUCAAAAUUUCUGUCAUCCCUAUUGUCAUAGAAGGCAAAUAAGAGCAUGUGGAAGACUAAUUAAAUCAGUACGUAAAGUCUAUGGAGAAAAAUUUGGUGUAAUUAAUGGAACAGCCACUUUCGACUUUGAUAGAAAAGAGGAUGGAAAGAAAGAUAAACGUAGUCGAAAAGUGUCUGAUCAAACUAGUGCACAAGUCUCUCCAGUUAGAAGAAAAGACAGUGUAGGAAAAAAAUUUAAAAUUGAUAAAAGUCUUGAUGGUGGUUCUCAAUCCGGAAGAUUAACAGGAAUAAAUCGUGAUUCUUCUAAAGAUCUUGCUGAUCAAGACUCGGAACGUACUGGACCUUCGAUAAAAAAAUUUGGAGAAGAUGACGAAGAACAUGACAAAGAGCCACCACCGAUUUUAAAUUAUAUUAAAAUGCAAGUUAAAAAUGCUUUUCAUGCUCCAAUAGCGACUUUAGUAAAAGGAGCAGUGGUGAUGUCAGAAGACUUAUUCAUAGAUGUUCUUCCAAUUGCUUGGGAGUUACUACUAGAAUCAAACCAAGAAGUAGCAGCAUCUGCAGCAUCUUUAUUCAUUAUUGCUGCAGUGCGAGCACCAAAUCAAGCUAGCGAGUUAAUGCAUCAAGGUCUCCAGCAUUCAAACCCAUCUCAUCGAAUAAAUGCAAUUUUGAAAUUCCAAGUUUUAUGGAAAUUAAGGUAUCAAGUAUGGCCGAGGAUGGAAGAGCCUGCUCACUUAACAUUUAAAGUACCACCACCUGGAAUUGAGUUUACUUUACCUUCUCCUAAAAUUGGAAUUGAAUCCCUCCCGGUAGUAGAUCCUCCAUGGAUGCCACAGGUAAAAACGAAGGUUGAAGAAGUGACGAUUAAUCAAGAGCGUCAUAGAUCAUUAGUGACUGCUACAAAGACUCGGAAAAAACAACAAACAGAGUUAAUAAAACAAGCAUUGCAAGCUCAAGAUGAUAAAAAACGAGAAGAACGGGAAAAUUUUUUAAUAACGACUAUUCCCAUCACAGUGCAAGCAGCUUAUGAACCAAGUCCAGUUGGAGAUGACCAUGAUGAAGGAAAUGUCGAUGAUGAUGGUGGAGAAACUGCACCACGUAGCUCCUCACAUCAUGGACAAUCAGCUCCAUCUUUAUUUCCAUCAUCUUUAUGCUCGGCAAUCAUUCAAAUUAUUAAUUUACUCGAUGAUGCAGCUGUUUCUGAUGAUGGCAAUUCUGUUUAUGAAGUAGCUUAUCAAGUAAUCUGGAGCUGUCUCGUUGAAGAUAGUGCUCUAUUUCUACGUUAUGUCUUGGAACGAUUGACAAGAGAAAAACAAGAGCUAAUGUUUAAAAUCUUACGUCAUCUCAUUCGAUUUGUACCAAGGCUUCCACAACAAGCAGCUUUUGCUCUUUACAACUAUAUUAUUGGUUACGUAAUGUUCUAUGUCCGAUCACCUCAUGAAGAAGGACAAAAAUUAAUUGGAACAGCUUUGUCAAUACUUUGGAUGGUUGUUCAUAGUGUUCAUGGUAUAAUGUUUAAAGACUUAAAACAAAUUUUAAGAAAAGAACAAUGUGAUGCUUCGAUUCUUUUAACUGCUAAUGUUCCGUCUGCGAAGAAAAUAAUAGUUCAUGGUCCUCAAGAUCCUGACGCUGGUGGAAUUCCUUCGCAGUUUCCUGUUCAGGAAGACACUCAGUUCUGUCAGAUUCUCAGGGAGUCCUUGGAUUUCUUCGGGAUCGAGGAACAGAAGCAUAAAGAGUACUUUCUUGUUGACUAUAAAACACAUCAAAUUCAUAAUCCCUCUUCAUACGUACGAGACUAUUAUUUUUUCAAACGUUCUCAAUAUCCACAACUCGAACUAGUCCAUAUGAAACCAGAGGAUGCAUUUAAUGCUCUCCAAAGACAAGAGCUCGUACAUAAAUUUGUAGAAAUAGGAAAAGUCUUACUGACAUGGGCUAUUUUAAAAAAUGUGGAUAUGGUAGUUCAACGAGUAGUUUUUCUACACGAAGAAUUGAUGAAGCUUCCAGCCUUCCCAAGAAAAGCCCUCGAAGCCGACCUAGAUCUUUAUAAAGGUGGAGAAAUUGGAAGGGAAUUGCUUGGAUUAGAUGUAAUGCAUAAAUUUAUGUGGGUACGCUUAAUUGCUAGAAUGUUUGAAGCAAUGGCAGGAAACUUUGCUUAUUCUGGUGACAUUCAUCUUUUCCUCAAUGUCUUAAAUGGAGCUUUAAUUUUACAUAGUGAAGAUUCGUGUAUUCUUCGCUAUGUUGUUGCAACUUACAUAAAUGCAGCACAUAACUUCAAGAAUAUCUUUUCUACUAAUGGUUAUCUUUUGAUCAUGCCUUCAUUACUUCAACUUUAUGCUACUCAUCAAACGAAUAAACUUGUUACCACUACUGUGGAGUAUGCAGUAAAACAAUUUUAUUUGAUGAACCGAAAACCAUUUAUUCUCCAAAUGUUUGGAAGUGUUUCAACAAUUUUAGAUACUGAUGAAAUGAGUACUCAUGGGGAAGCUCAUAAGGUACCUUCAGUGUGUUUAUUCAAUUUACUAAUGAGUUUGGAAACACCUUCACCAGAUCCAUUGAACAUUGGGGAAUUGGUAAAAGAAGAAAAGCCUCUAAAAGCUAUUGAUUUCUGUUAUCACGAUGAAACUGAAAUGGUGUCAGUAUUGGAUUGUAUUGCCCUGAGUGUAAUGGUGAUUGCUUAUGCUGCAGAUUCUAUUCGUGGUCAACAGAUGUUGAUUAUCUUAGAAGCUAUUCUUCCUUGUUAUGUCCAGCAAAUACAAUUGCCAACCUACAAUAAAGAGGGGAAAACAGAAAAAGAAAUUAUUAAUCAGUUAGCUAUAGCUGUAAAAACUCUUGUGAAUAAUUCAGAAGCAUUAACAAAGUAUUACAAUGGACCACAGAAGUCUAGUCCGGAGCACAAAGGAUCAAGCCAAAGGAAUUAUGGAAAAGGUCCUUACUCUCCUGGCUUUGACUUUGAAGAUGAAACUCACACGACAAAGUAUAUGGAACAUUCUAAAGUACGGAAUUUAUAUGAUAGAGAUAAUGAUGAUGCUGAAAGCUCCCAUAAAAAUGAAUUUCGGCGACCGAGAGAUACUCUUUUGAAUAUUGUGGGAGAUUUUGUGGCUCAGUGUUCUGUAAGGCUAGCUGAGUUGAAUAAAAAGUCUCAAGAUGGGAAAGUUAUUGAAUUGUUAGAUUCAAAGUGUCAUGUGCGCCUUGCUGAUAUCGCAAACAGCCUGCUAAAAAUGGCUCCAUAUGAUGCAGAAACAAUGGGUUGUCGAGGACUUAGAAGGUAUAUGAAUGACGUCUUACCAUCAACUGAGUGGUCUAAUGAUGAUAUGAGGCCAGCUUUAACUGUAAUACUCCGGCGUUUGGACAAAACAUUUAGUAAAAUUUAUAAAAAAGCAUCAGUUCGACGAAAUACUGAUUGGGAAGCUGCAAGUGAUCUAUUAAAAGGAAUUUAUGAAACUCUCUCUAGAUAUCCCUACAUAGCACACUUCCAGUAUUUAAAAACCCUAUUAAGCACAUGCCAAGCAUUAAUUGUCGGCGAUACAGGUCAAGUAGAAGUUACUUCCGGUGCUUCAGCAGCUCUAAUGAGUAAAAUACCACCGCAGCAUUUUUGUUCUACAGUUCUCCGUCUUAUUGCACUUCAUGUCAUCUCAUUGGGAGAAGGGUACUCUUUGGAGAAUGUUUGUGGUGGCCAGGCUAUGUUUGCAUCUCAAAUACGAACAGAGAAUAUGUUGUUGAAUUUACUCAUUCCGCUAUUCCUUCGUGUGGGUACCGGAAGAAAAGAUGUACCAAGAUUAAGACAGACUGAUAUUAGCUUUGCUCUUGUGGCUGUUUUAAAUACACUUUGGCCUACUAGUACUAAAAUUACUCCUAUGACUGUUCAAAAUCUGAAAGCUACAACUGACAUGCGAACAGGAAGUUUGACAUUCACCGCAAGAGACCCGAAAAUUUCAACUAAAUUGUCCAUGUCUUUGUAUCAAGUUGCGUUUCUUGCACUUAAAAUCAUGACUAUCUGCUUUGAAACUGAACUUAAAGUAGAGUGGCCCAAAAUUUUAAGGACAAUGCGACAACUUAAUAAAAGAAAUGAAGCUUCUAUACACUUAUGGAAUUUUUUAGAAUUUGUUGUAACACAUCGAACAGCUCUUUAUAUCCAAAUGUUGCCAUUUAUUGUACACAAAAUCGGUCAACCACCAAUUUCAGAACAUGAAAGAAAUAUGCAGAGUAUAAUUAGAGCUAAAAUCAAUGGAGAUAUCCUUGCAUUUCCUAAAUCUCGAGGAACUUUACUUGGAGAUCUUAUUCAUGAGCUACGUGAUCUUAAAGAAGAAAUUGAAGACCGUAAAUUUGAUGAAUUGCAACCGGAACCAAAAAGAAGUGUAGUAGAUAUGCAUCCAAGUGCUCCAAACAAUGAUAAUCAACCCCGAACCCAAAGACCUUCAUUAUUGAAUGAUUUAUGGAGUGGAGAGCUUGGGUCUAGAGUCCAUAUUAGCCGAACACCAGCCGAAACGCCAGGAUCUCACUCAACAGUACUUCAUUCACUUCCUCAGGCAGUUCAACAGUCAAUUAAUGCAAGUAACAUUAAGCCUUCGGUGCUUGUUCAAGGAUCUGCCCAAAUCAAUGGAGCGAGUAUUUCUAGAGGUGUUAGACGAUCAAUUGAUGGUAUUAUUCCAUUGUCAAGUUCAUAUCAAAAAACAACCGUAUUAGGAUCUGCAUCGACUGCAGCAAGCAGUGGUUCAUCAACUCUUAAAGGAAGUUUAGAUCACGAUAUUGAACCUGAAGAUAUACAACGAGCUGAUCAGCAAGCAGUUACGGCAGAUAAAUUCCAAUCUACUACUAGUGAUGAACGUAACGAUCUUAAGCCUCAUCCUCCAUUAACACGUCAAAAGACGCCUAAACUACGCUUUGUCUCUUCUGUAGAGUUUAGGCACGCGUCAGGAGAAACUGUAACGAGUCAACUGAGCCCGAGCAGUCCGAUCGACGACAGCUCAGGAGAUUCCCGUCAAGACAGACCUCGUUUGCAGCGUUCGAUGGGCCAAAGCAAGAAGACAUUUCGUCUUCGGAAAAGUCGCAGAACUCAUAUGGAGGUUUCUCAUCAUAGAUCAGAUUAUCCACAAGACUCUUUGUUAGUGCCAUCAUCUCUAACACCUCCAGCAACCACAUCAGAUACCAACUUCAACAUUCCUUCAGAAUCAUCAUCAGUACGAUCACGAAGAAGUUUCUCAGUUCGUGUUGGUGAAUCAGACCGGAUAGCAAAUGUAAAUUUAAGCCCAGCAGAUUAUCAAUAUCACCAUCCACAUCAUCACCAUCUGCUUCAUCCACAGUCAGAUGUUUCUUGGGAUGAAGAUACAUCGAGUACAUCGGGAUACCGCGAAUCUUACAGCAUGCAGCUGGUGUCCAUGGAUGGACAUAAAUCCAACCAUCCACCAUUAGCUUCUCCGGAUUUGAAUGACAUUCCAUCAACAAGUAGUACAGCCACGAAUUAUAUAGGAUUCGAUGGAAGUUCUCCAGAUUGUUCUUUAAAUAGUAGUGGUGGAGAAAAAACAGCUCUACUUAACUCGAGUCAAAGAACAGCAUCUCAACAUUCUCUUUUGAUGGUCUUCCAGCCGCAAGAUGAGGAUACAUUAAUAUAACAAACGGCGUUGUUGAUAUUUCCAGUUUUUAUUGAUAGCAGUGAACAAUUCCACAGCUGCAUAAUAGACUGGAGAGACUUUGGAUAUUUAUAUAACAGUGUUUCCUAGGUAGUUGGAAAAACUUACGCACAUUAUAGCCGUAGAUCGCACCAAAAUCGAUCGAGGCCUAAACAUUUGUACGAUGUAAUUGUGUAAAGGAUACUAAUUUUAGAUAAAGAGAAUAUUAAAUUUACUUUGUAAA